AUGGCCUUCGACGACAAGUUCUUUAAAGAGAUGUUCUUAGAACGUCUGCCGACGUCAGUGCAAGCAAUCUUGGCCUCUGGCUCAGACGACCUAGACAUAUCAAAGCUAGCGGAAAUGGCCGACCGUAUGAUGAAGGUUGAGCGUUUGUCAUCCCCGACGACUGCCCAGGUUUCCCAACCUCUCACCGUGUCCACCUCUGACUUGGCUGAACUAAAGACACAGAUUGCCUGGUUGUCAGCGACUGUUGCCGCUUUGCAGCUGCGCCGAUCCGCCGGUCCCUCUCGACGUUCCUUUGACCGCGACCAUCGUCGUUCCCGCUCUCGCACCAGCACCACAAACCUAUGUUGGUAUCGUGUUAACUAUGGCGAUAAGGCGUGCCACUGCGUCCCCCCCCCCUGCUCCUUCAAGUCUACACAGGGAAACUCCUCGACCGGAGACUAA